AUGACGACGACAACGGACAUGAAAUAUAGGAAUCCUAUAACGGAAUCCGACGAAGACGAAUUGCUUGCCUCCAGCCAGGAGACAAGUAAGAGUACUACCGGACGUACCAACCAAAGUACACCGGUAGAUACAGCAGACAAACCAUCAAAUUUAAGGGAGGAGGCGUCCACCUCCAAGGCUGCCAUGAGCACCAAACAAAGUGCACUGGCGGCUAAAAGAGACGUAAAGAAACGAAAAAAAUCCCAGAAUCAGCUGAGGAAAAACCGGUACCAGAGGGCGGUCUUCAUACUAGGGAAGAUAGCCAAAGACCAGGCAGCCGGUACCCCAGUUGAUGAGGCUGAAACAAAGCGCCUCAAAUCUAUUGUAGAGGAUUAUGAGAGCUACCUGAAAAGGAAGCAAUCACAACCUCAAGUAGAGAGCAAACGAGAGAGCACUUCUCAGAAGAGAAAUCGCUCCACCACAGAAGUACCCGGAGCUCAACCUAAAAAACCGAGGAGGAGUGAGGGUGAACACAGCAGCACAACAACGGCAAGGCAUUUCUGCGAUGUAGCCAGAGAUAGCCUGCAGGUGGCCAUAAUAGAUGGGAAAUCCUCCUCUCCGAGCACUAUUCAGGAGAGAUGGGUGGAGAUCGAUGUCAGAUUGUCGAGUAUGGUGCUAAGCUAUGUACUCGACAAUCCUGCGGGUUCCCACCCGGAGUUUGACUCCUCUGAGACCCUCAGGGGCUACAGGGUCAUCAAGUGCGCGGACCAGGCCUCGCUGGACUUCCUGACGGGUAGUGUUGCUAAAAUUAGCAACGCCUUUGUAGGCCUCCAAUUGAGGCUUAUACCCGCCAGGGAUAUUCCAAAGAGACCUCGGGCUCGCAUUUGGUUACCCCCACUAGAGGAGCCAGGCGAAAAACUCCUGAGGUGCAUUAAGCUGCAGAACAAAUCUAUACCUGGUAUAGAUGAGUGGCAGCUUAUAAAGGAGGAAAACCCGAACAAAGCAAGCAAGCCAAUACUAGUGGCCAUUUGCGACGAGUCCAUUGAGGCUCUGAAGAAGACUGACAACAAAAUCAGCUUCGGAAUACGUAAGGCAAGAAUAAAAAUCUUCCAAGGCGACAAAGCGGCUGACGAAGACGACACGGAAGAGGUCGACGACGCCAGCCAGUUGCUAAGGAAUGUGGGCAUUGAAGAACCCCGAGAUGCCCAAUAACAACAGCAUAAGAUGUGUACAGAUUAACCUGCAGCACUCGAAGAGUGCUACGGCGAAUCUGACAACCCUCGUGAACGAAGGGGGCAUCGACAUCAGCCUAAUACAGGAGCCCUGGGUCAAUGAAGAUUCCAUAAAAGGGCUAAACAGCAGCAAUUAUAACCUGUUUUACACGAGGAACAGAGCACAGCAGAUAUCACAGUGGUGAAGGUGGAACAGAAAGAAAAGCCCUUCUUCUUGGUCUCGGCCUACUUGGCCCAUGACGAAGAUAUACCACCGGCCCCGCUCACCAGGCUAGUAGAGGAGAACAAGAAGGAUGAUGUCCUAAUAGGGUGUGAUGCAAAUGCAAGGCACACCGUAUGGGGUAGCUCCAGUAUA